ACUGUGGUGUUUAUUGUCCAAAAAUUUAGACUUAUCUUUACUUUUCCCAGGUUUAAGCCGUUUUUUCCAUUCCAAACUUCGCAAGGAUUUGAAGAAGAUGAAGAAGAGCAUAUCCAUAUACAACAAUGGGCACUUACUGAAGGCCGCCUUAAAGUUACAUUGUUAGAAUGUAGCAGGUUACUUAUUUUUGGAUCCUAUGACAGAGAAGCAAAUAUUCAUUGUACACUCGAGUUGAGCAGUGGUGUUUGGGAAGAAAAACAAAGGAGUUCUAUUAAGACGGUUGAAUUAAUAAAGGGGAAUUUACAAAGUGUCGGACUUACACUUCGUCUUGUCCAGUCAACUGAUGGGUAUGCUGGGCAUGUCAUAAUUGAGACGGUGGCGCCAAACUCGCCUGCUGCACUUGCAGAUCUUCAGCGGGGAGACCGACUGAUUGCUAUUGGAGGUGUGAAAAUCACAUCUACCCUGCAAGUGUUGAAGCUGAUCAAGCAGGCUGGGGACCGGGUCCUGGUGUAUUACGAGAGACCUGUCGGCCAGAGCAAUCAAGGUACAGCACUGCAAGAUAAUUUUGGGCAGUUGGAAGAAAACUUUCUGUCAAGCUCAUGCCAGCCAAACUAUGAAGAGGAAACCACUGGGUUGGCAGUAGAUGCUGAAAAUAGAGAUUUGGAUUCUGAAUUUGAAGACUUGGCAAGUGAUGUCAGAGCACAGAAUGAGCUCAAAGAUGAGGCUCCGUCAGUAAGUCACAGCCCCAAACGUACUCCAUCAACACUUUCUGUUAAACCCCUUGGAACGAUAUCACCAGUUUUAAACCGUAAAUUAGCUGUAGGAAAUCACCCACCACCACCAAAACCUCCAUGUAAAGAGGGAAAUAAACCCUUGGCCCUAAAAGCUUCUGAGUUAACGGACCCAACACAAGUGUCAAAACCCACCCAGGGAUCCACUGUCAAACCACUCGUGCCACCACGACCACAAGUGAAAGUUCCUUUGCCUUCUGCCGACACCCCAAAUCAGACAGAACCCGAUGUUCUCCCUGAAAAGCCGGAAAAGGUGCUGCCUCCUCCUCCUGCGGAUAAACCUGCUGAAAAGCAAGCGAAAAAUAUGGAUCAUACAGAAGAUGUAGCUGCAUCUAAGCCGUUUUUAGCAAAGCAAGAAGUGGCGAGAGAUUUUACUUCAGAAAGUUCCUGCCCUCCUAAGGACAGUUCAGAUGACCCUCAGACGUGGGAAUCAUCAGAAAUUCCUUACCGUAAUAAGCUAGGAAAAUGGACAAGAACCAGAGCAACCUGUUUCUUUGACAUAGAAGCCUGCCACAGAUACUUAAACAUUGCACUGUGGUGCAGAGAUCCUUUCAAGUUAGGGGGUCUUACCUGUUUGGGGCAUGUCAGCUUAAAACUUGAAGAGGUGGCCUUAGGAUGCCUGGCCACGUCAAACAUGGAAUACUCUUCAAAAUUCAGACUGGAAGCCCCCUCGCCUAAGGCAAUGGUCACGAGAACCGCACUACGGAAUCUGAGUAUGCAGAAGGGAUUCAAUGACAAAUUUUGCUUUGGUGACAUUACCAUUCACUUCAAAUAUUUGAAAGAAGGGGAACCAGACCACCCUACAGUUACUAACUUAGAGAAAGAAAAAGAACUCCAUUUGGUCGAAGAGGUUUCUGCCCUACCUAAAGAGGAACAUUUUGUUGGACAGAUGGGUUUAACAGAAAAUAAACAUAGUUUCCAGGAUACUCAGUUCCAGAACCCAACUUGGUGUGAUUACUGUAAGAAAAAAGUGUGGACUAAAGCUGCUUCCCAGUGUAUGUUCUGUGCUUAUGUUUGCCAUAAAAAAUGUCAGGAAAAGUGUCUAGCGGAGACACCUCUUUGUGGAGCAACUGAUAGGCGGAUAGACCGGACCCUGAAAAACCUCAGGCUGGAAGGACAAGAAACCUUCUUAGGCCUGCCUCCUCGGGUUGAUGCUGAAGCUAGCAAGUCAGUCAAUAAAACAACAGGUCUGACAAGACACAUCAUCAAUACGAGCUCUCGUUUGUUAAAUUUGCGCCAAGUCUCUAAAACUCGCCUUUCUGAACCAGGAACUGAUCUAGUGGAACCGUCACCAAAACACACACCCAACACAUCAGACAACGAAGGCAGUGACACCGAGGUCUGUGGUCCAAACAGUCCUUCUAAGCGGGGAAACAACACAGGAAUAAAGUUGGUGAGGAAGGAUGGUGGUCUGGACGACAGUGUUUUCAUUGCAGUUAAAGAAAUCGGCCGUGAUCUGUACAGGGGCUUGCCUACAGAGGAGAGGAUCCAGAAACUAGAGUUCAUGCUGGAUAAACUGCAGAACGAAAUUGACCAGGAGCUGGAACAUAAUAAUUCCCUUGUUAGAGAAGAAAAAGAAGCAACUGAAUCAAGGAAAAAAUCCCUUCUUUCUGCUGCUUUGUCUAAAUCAGGUGAAAGACUACAAGCUCUAACACUUCUCAUGAUCCACUACAGAGCGGGCAUUGAAGAUCUUGAAUCUUUAGAAAGUCUGUCUUUAGACCAGCACUCCAAAAAAAUAAGCAAGUACACAGAUGAUACAGAAGAAGACCUCGAUAAUGAAAUAACCCAACUAAUAGACUCCCAGCCAUUCAGCAACAUAUCAGAGGACUUAUUUGGCCCAUCAGAGUCUGUUUAACAGCCUAUUUAAACUGUCCAAGUGAUUGGGGAAAAGUUGCAUCUUAAGUACCACAGAUAACCCACAUGUAAGCCCUCUUCUAAUGCACUUCGGCCUGCUUCUCCACAGCCAUUUGCUUGUGUAAGAACAAGAGUGAAAGGAGGUUGUUUUCCAGCAAAAACAUGACCAGCUCACUAAAUUGGUUGUUUCAGAUUGCAUUUAUAGCUAUGCGUUUUUGGGUUUAUACUGGGAAUUUAUUUUUACUAAUUUAUUUUUAACUUUUUCUAAUUAUGUAAUUAUGUAAGCUAACUUUUCAUAUUUAUGUGUACGUGUGAUGUCUCAUUGUGUUACUUUCCUUCAUCUUAGUUUUGAAUGAGUGUUAAAUAGGAUACUGUCCAAAUUCUUGAAGUCUUUUCAUUUCCAUCACGGUUAUAACAAGUUUGCUGCAUGCCCAAAUUGACAACGGCAAUCAUUGAGGGAACAGGUUUUGAAUCUUCAUGUUAGGAAGUUUGUCAUCUCUACUUGCUUGAAAUUUUUGUUACUUUGGGGUUUUGAGGGUGGUUUUUUGUUUUUGCCAAAUGUAACAUAAAAUUUAUGCAGAUGCUGCGGCUUUAGUCAGUUACACUGAUCAGUAAAAAAAAAAAAAAAAAACGUAUAUUGCUUGCUUUCUAUCCUGUGAAUUUUCUAGUUUUUGUGCAGUUUUAGUGAGAAUACAGUUAUUAACUUGAAGAGGUUGCAUUGACAAACCAAAUGUAAUAGGAAAUAGAGAAUGCAGUUGGUCAAGAAUUUUGUAGAGAAGAUUACUAAAAAAAAACAGUAACCAGUAGGAUUUUGAAAUAAAAUCUUUCGAAAUGGGGAUGCUUUCUCCUUUUAAAUGGAAGUUCUGAACAUUUGAUUUUUUUCAUCUUCAGUUCUCCCAUGGGAAAUAAAGCAUGUCAAGGAUAAAGUUUCAGAGGACUGUUCUUAAAAUGACCGUGUUGAUAACUGGGUUUGGCUGUUUUGUUUUAGGAACAUUUUCAUGCAGGAGGAUGUCGUAAAGGAAAGGAAUCAUGCAAGAUAGAUUGACAUGCUGCAGGUUGAAGGAAUGGUGGUCAUUCUGAACACAUCUAUAGUUCAGUCUUUUGUUUAAAAAAAAAUAAAAACAGUAUAGAUACGUAGGAAUUGGGAUCAGUUCUCUGAUAAUAAAGAUCUAUUCCAAUACUCGGUCCACUGUGUGGACCCCAGUAACAUGUGACUGAGGGAAAACGUGUGAGCAUGACCUCUGUUGGUAUACCAUGAAAGUCUUGGCCUUUUAUAGGUCUAUUUUCCUCUUAUAGGUAACUACUGUGAUAAAUGACAUAUACUAAAGAUUGACAUGAAUUUAAAGGUAGGUGGGACAGUUUCGAUGGCCGGCAGGAAGAGGCAUAGUGUAAGAUGUAAUAGUGAGGGUUCUGGCCCAGGUUUAGAGCCCAGAACUCCAGGCAAGAGUUAAAGGUCAAGCUCUUCACUGGCCAUUAAUGAACUUUAUAAUCACAAGAGGCUUCCAUGCCGCAGUCUCCCCAGCUCCAAAGUAGGAAUAAACAAUACUUUAACUACCUCACAGGAUUGUUGUGAGGAGAACAACAGAACUGCAGAAGUGUUCUGAACAGUAAAAAGCUAUUCAAGAAAAGCUAUGACUCAGAUGGGGGACAAAAACAUUUUUGAAGGUAGAGGAGUUAUUCUACUUUUAUUAAGUGAACUUUAGGAAGUACCUUUAUUGGCCAAGUUUAUAACAAAAAUAGAUCUGUGUAUCCCCUUUUUUGUGUUAAGCAUGUUUGCAUUUUAAAAGAACACUGCUGUAGAGGUCUUUAUACACCUACUCUGAAAGCUAAAAAAAAGUUCUGUAACGUGCUUGAAACAAUCUGCCCAAUGUAAUAACCAACUUUUAUCUUAUGAAAAAUAACUUACCGGUGAUGACCUGGAAGGCCAGUGUCUGUAAGUGGCUGGUGUGUAUGGAUGGAUGACACCACAGGAGUUUUAGUGACAUCCAAGCAUGCUGCUGAAACCGAUGCGUUUGAAAGAGCUGCAGAAAUAACGCAAAAUUUUGGUUCAUAAAAAUCUCCUGUUUUAAAAGUAUUUAACUCUGUAGAACCACAAUUAUGAAAAGCUCAGUAAUGCUGCUAAUGAUAUUUGUAAAAUCUACCUUUAAUGUAGUGCAAUAUUUUUCUAUCUACUCGGACAGGCAUUAGAAGCAUCACAGUUGUGCUUUAGUGUGGGGGAGGGGGGUCACUCCAAAUAGCCUAGGGGGUAGUGAGGUGUGAGGCUUCCAUGAAAACAGUUGUAUUCUAUUACAUUCCUGAUGUAAUCUUGCUGCCAUGCUAUGUUAUCAAUAGCUAAAAAAUAAUAAAAAGAACUACCACAGAAAACAAGAAUAUCUUCAUUUGCUAACAUCUGAAAGAGGUGAUUGCUACAUCUCUGGAAUUACCGCCUGCUAGAAUUUGGCCAUGCAAACAAGCUCUUCACAAAGUCCACUUUUGCUAAACAAAAUUGCUCUUUUGAAAUUUGCCUAAAAGCAUUAAAUUCUGGUUUUACUGUUGUUUUUUCUAAGCUGUGAAAUCUCAGAUAUAUGGAUCGGCCCUGCUAUUUAUUAGGAAUUAGACUAUUUUCUGUAUUUCUGGUAUUUAGGUGAGGUGAAGAACUAGGUUAAACAAUCACGCUAAACAAUAUUUUAGCAUUAUUUUGGAAUCAGAAUUAAUAUGCUACAUUUCCUAAUAUUAAGUCCUAUACUCAAGUAUCAGAAUAGGUGAAAUACUAUUGGCUAUUUUAUGAUUUGAGAAGAGAAAACAAGCUGAAAAUUGAAGGGUACUGUCAAGCUCUAAAUUUAUCUCGAUUUUUUGAAAGGCAGUUUGAAAAUACUUGGCUCCUGAUAACAAAGAUCUUAAUUUCCCUAAAAGUGAAUAAAUUUAAAAUCACUUUGAAAAUGUAUUAUCUUUUUUUCUAAAUUGAGGUAAUAGCUUUCUUUUAAUAGAAGGCUUGGGGAAGGUUUAGAGCCCCUCUAAGAUCAGAGUAAAACUGCGAUUCUCGUGCCUGUGAGUCUCAUGCCUGAAAGAGACGUACGUACACACCCUGAGUUGUCUAGAUUCCAGGGCCCUGUGGGCUCACCAUGUGGAAGAGCUUAGUUACUUCCAUCAUAUAUGGUUAUUUGUUCACGACAGUCAGGAAAGCAAUUUAACUUUAGAAAUGCAAGGGUAACUUAACUGGGCUUUUUCCACAUUGACACCAUGGGACUAGUUACAGAUUUCAAUUUAAAGCCAAUUUUGCAAAGCCAAAAAGUAGGGUUCAGACUAACCUGAAAUUUUACCUGAUGCCUGCAAGCAGAAAAGAAUAGUUUUUAAUUAGAUAUUCACAGUCAAUACAUUAUGCAUUUUAUUCCAAUGAUGUCUGGUUUAUAAAGGAAUACAAACAGGCACAGUGGUGUUCAGAAGAUUUAUUAAGGAAACUAGCUAAAACAAGUAUGCACAUACACUUAGCAGUCAGAAGAAAGAACUGAAUAUUCUUUGCUACCUCAGUAACGAUUUUGUAUCUGUUUUGCCAGGUACAAACAUAAGAACCCACCUCUGCUCAAAAAAACAUUCAGGGAGCUGUAUGUUCACGGUUCUGAUACACUGAGAAAAAAAGCCUCACUUCACAGUUUUGCUAAGGCCAGAAUUUUAGUCCUAUAAAAGACCUUGUAAUUAUCCCCCUCAGAUAUAAUUGAUACUUUUGCUCCCAAAACAGUUCUGAAACACUCACGUCUUUUACGUUCUUUCUAGAGAUCAACAGUGGGCAUGCCUCUGCCAGUCAUUCUUGAAGAGACUGAAGCCUUAAAGGCAAGAAUGAAAUUGGAGUAAAUCAUACAGUAUUGUGGUCAGGGAGAGCCACCAACCCUCUAAGAGAAUUGAUCUGCAGCACGUUCUUGCAGGGUCUCCCCUGUGGGAGUAGAGAACAAUCCUGAUGGUUUACGUUAGCCAUAUGAAAGUGCUAUCAGAGAUUUGUAAGUUGCCCGGUGCAAAUAUGUGAAUAGGAAACUUGUUUGCUUCCACCACACUGCACUUGAACACCAGAUUUCAAGUCACUCCAAGAAGCUUCAUAAAGCUACAGAGAAGCUUCAUAAAGCAAAUGGAAAGAAAGUACCAGCUACUCUUAGAGGUCGAGUCCUUGUUCUAAAGCUCUUUGCUCCUUGACCAAGUUAACAGAAACACAAUUUUAGCUAACAAAAUACAGACAUUAGGUAAUUUUUGUUGAUUGCAGAGCUCUAGAAUUUACAAGUAUUAUCUGAGACAUUCUACACUAUCUGCACACUCCAAUCACAUCUCAUACAAAACCUGAUGGCAACUGACAGUGCUAACACAGUAUUUGCUGUUAAAUUGAAAAGGCACGUCAAUGUUGUCAUGCUUAGAAAAACCACAUUAUACAGCACUAGAUGAUAGAAGAAUACACAGACAUUUCUAGAUGUUUCUAGGGUUUUUCUGUCUUUGAAAGGGAAUGUGUCCUGACCUAUUAUUUUUACCUGUUUUCCUAAUGUGAUUCAAGAUAAUUUCAUUCCUCCUCCAUCUUCGUUUAAAAUUUUUCACAUUAAUGUGAACAACCUUCAGAAGUCUAAAAAAUAAUAGUUGCAAUUCAAAACUUAAUAGAUUCCUAAAAGACACUUGGAUGACCUCUUACCAGGUCAAAGAUACGGUCAGAUUUUUUUCAUAUCAUAGCAGCUAUUAGCCUUUUAAGUUUCUAAAAGUUGAACUAAGUUUCUAAAAGUUAAUAUAUCUUAGGCUUAAACAACCUCGACAGUAUAAGGUGAAUCUACCCUCAAUUUUCUUUUCAUCCUAAGACAAUCAAAUAUAUACUAGAAAGGGAAAGCUAGUUGUUCAUAACUAUACUUCUGGGUGCUUUUCUCUGCUUUCAGAACAUUUACUAUUUUCCCUAUUGGCUUUAGUAUCUGCUGCCCGCCACACGACAUGUAAAUACAUAAUUUACAACCAUCUGUUUCCAGGUAGAUGAUUCUGUAGAAAACUAAUGCCAGCCACGAUUAUGGGUAAGUCCAAAAGAUGACGGACUCAACUUCCUGUCCUCUGCAUCUGAGAUAACUAGCUUUUAGCUCAGAAAUAUAUUGAUAGUAAUUACAAGUUAACCACACUGUGUCACAACAACAUAUGCUGUCUUGAUUCUGUUUUUCAGACUUCCUUCUAGUUUCUCAGUGUUGGAAGUGUCUUGGAGAUAAUGUGUGCUUUCAUUUUAAACACUCAUUACCAAUAUUCAGAAAAAAUAGAUUUUUUUGCCCAAGUGUUCAUGAAUGUAAGUUUUUUAAAAAUUAUAUUUGAUUUGGAUUCAAAUAUUUAUAGAUUUACACUAUAUCUAUUUCGUCAAAAUAUAUUGUACAAUAUUUAAUAAAAUCAAAUACGUAAAAUAAA